AUGUCAUUAUGGGCAUCUGGAAAAUUUGCCCUUGCCAAGCUACAGAAAGUACAAUCCACACAACAUCAUAUGUUGAAAUUAGAAGUAAUGAAAGAGUGAUAAUGUGUACAAUUUGGAUGUUAUUGAUCAUUUGACCAUUAUUAAUGUUAAGUCAUAAAUAUUAAUUAAUGGCAUGUAUCUUUUGGUUAUUCGUUAUUUAAUUUUGCUUAAACACGUAUUAAUUAAUUUAAUGAUGGAAAAGUUUAUUUUUGAAUUUGUUUAGAUUAAAUAUGGGCUACUGAUAUAGAUUUGAUUAUUUUGAAAUCACCAAUGAUAGACAUACUUACCACUCCAGUCAAUAAAAGAGAUUUAUAAAAAGUACAACUCAAAGGUUUGUAUCUUAUUCUAUCACAUAUUAUUCAAUUAAUUAUUUUGCUAUCUGUCACUUAUACUAUAGCCUACUGAUAAAAUUAAUUUUUGUAUGUAUUUUUAUAGAAUAAUUUGUGUUAUAAGAAAAUGAAAAAAAGUCAAAACUAA